CUCACGCUCAAAUAAAAAAAAAAAGCUGGAUUCAUGAAAAAGUGAAGUGGGCAGCUGGGUGAUGUCAUAUCCGUGAAGAAGGGUCCCUCGCGUAACGUAAACGCAGCACGGGAUUUCGCUGCAUGUAUCCCCACAAACUUUUUUCUCCUCCUUGCAGUGACGAGGUUUUCUCCCCGCUGCCUGCCCACAUGGCGUGCGUAACGGCGGGGGCGAGUGGAUGGAUGUGCCCCCUUCUCUCCAAGGAAAAUACCGUCCCCACCAGCGUUUAGUGGCCGAGGUGGCGGGAGCCCACGGGGAGAAACUUGCGUGAUAUUUUGUUCCCCGUGUCGUAGAGGAGGAGGAGGAGGGAAACGGUGAAGCAGCCUGCAGGAUGUGGUCGCUGUCCGCGGUCCUGAACCCGCUGCUGUUUCUGCUGCUGUUCGGGUACUGCCCUUCAGUGACCAUCCGGCCAAAGGAGGGGUGGCAGGUGUACAGCUCGGCUCAGGAUGCAGAUGGGCGUUGUAUCUGCACAGUGGUGGCACCCGAACAGAAUCUGUGCUCCAGAGACGCCAAAGGCAGACAGCUCCGCCAGCUCCUGGAGAAGGUGCAGAACAUGUCGCAGUCAAUCGAGGUGCUGAACCUGCGGACGCAGAGGGACUUUCAGUACAUCAUGAGGAUGGAGAGCCAGAUCAAAGGGCUGCGCUCCAAGUUCCGACAGAUUGAAUCGGACAGGAAGACGAUGGUCAACAAAAACUUUCAGGAGCUAAAGGGGAAGAUGGAGUCUCUGCAGCCACUGAUCCCUGUCCUGGAGCAAUACAAGACAGAUGCCAAGCUCAUCUCCCAGUUCAAAGAGGAGAUCAGGAACUUGUCUGGCGUGUUGAUGGGUAUCCAGGAGGAAAUGGGCGCCUACGACUACGAGGAGCUGCAACAGAGGGUGUUAAACCUGGAAAAUCGGCUCCGCAACUGUAUGAAUAAACUCACAUGUGGGAAGCUAAUGAAGAUCACAGGCCCGCUGACGGUCAAAACUUCAGGGACCAGAUUUGGAGCAUGGAUGACCGACCCACAGGCGUCUCCCAAAAACAACAAGGUUUGGUACAUGGACAGCUACACCAACAACAAGAUCGUAAAGGAGUUCAAAUCUCUCGCUGAUUUCGAGGCAGGAGUCGAGUCCAGAACCUACAACCUGCCGUUCAAAUGGGCGGGAACCAACCACGUGGUGUACAACGGCUCUCUGUACUACAACAAGAUGCAGAGCAACAUCAUCGUGAGGUACAGCUUUGAGACGGGCCGCGUGGUCACACAGAGGGCGCUGGAGUCAGCUGGUUUCCACAACGUGUACCCGUACACCUGGGGGGGCUUCUCUGACAUCGACCUGAUGGCGGACGAGCUGGGCCUGUGGGCGGUGUACGCCACUAACCAAAACGCCGGGAACAUCGUCAUCAGCCAGCUGAACCCGGACACACUUCAGAUCCUGAGCACGUGGAACACGGAGUACUCAAAGAGGAACGCCGGAGAGUCUUUCAUGAUCUGUGGGACACUCUACAUCACCAACUCUCACCUGACUGGAGCCAAGGUUUACUAUGCCUACUCCACGAAAACGUCCACAUACGAGUACACAGACAUUCCCUUCCACAACCAGUACUUCCACAUGUCUAUGCUGGACUACAACGCCAGGGACCGCGCCCUGUAUGGAUGGAACAACGGCCACCAGGUCCUGUUUAACGUCACGCUUUUUCACAUCAUUAAAACUGAGGACGACUCUUAAGCAGAGGAACAAACUGUACAUGUGAAGAAAAUAGAAAACAUGGUGAAAAUGAUGGUUGCACUUGAAUGUUCUUACAUUAUUUAUUUAUCUCUGUCAUUACUUUCCGACAGAUUAAAUCAUCAUUAUCAUGCUUUUCUUGCCUGUUUCCAUAUAAGGACAUAUUUAAUCACAAUGUUUUCCAUAUGUAAACAUGACACAUCGAACAACAGCACAAAAUUAAAACAAAUUGAGUCCAUUAUGAAACUUAGUGAGACUUCUAUAAGGAAACUUUUAUAAAAAGCAGAACAAUGAACUUCCAGUAAUUUCUGCAGCUCAUUAUUCUCUAUAAAAUAAAAGCUUUCCCAAAGAGAGGUCUUCAUAUUUAUAAUGGUUUUCUCAUUCAGAAUUGCAUUUAUUCAUGUCCUCCCCUAAUUUAUUCAUAUUUUGAGCUUGUUCACUAAUUGUUCAUUUUGUUUCCAUUCUUUCCUCUCCAUUUAUUCAUCAUUGUCUGCUAAUUUAUUCCUGCUUUUCACUGCCUCCAUUUAGCUUUCAAUUUCUCUUUGUACUUUUCCUUUCAGAAGUUUUUUUUUUUUUUUUGGCACUUGACCUUGUACAAGACAAUGAGAAAUGUGGUAAACCAUAAUGCACCUGUAAAGUUACUGUACUUGGCUUUUUUGUGUCCAUAAAUCUUCUUAGUCAUGCAGGUCAUGUGGCAUCUCAAAGUGCAAAGUUAACCUUAAAAAAACAGAAAGUCUGCUCUUUUUUAACUUAGUACUUUGAGGUUUUGGCUUUUUUGUAACUUGAGCGACAGUUUGUAUGCCUUAUUCAGUGCAGUAAGUUCUGUGAGCCCAGGAUAACCGCUCUCGUGCAUGAAUGUUGGCUAUCCUAAUAGCAUUUCUACUGUAACUGUAUAUCUGUGUAUUUUGUAUCUGCACACAUCCCACUCUCCUCCACUCUAUGGUAGCUCUUAAUGGUAUAUAGAUUCAU